AUGGAAGAAAUCGUUGACGACAACAAUAAGUUGAUCGAAGAAAACAUAGAUACGGAUUUAACUGAGUUUAGUUAUAAUUUUAUAGAUAUACCAUGGGACGAUCGUACACAGAGAAGCAAAAUAUUAGUUGUUCUACUACUUCUGUCUAUAUUUAUUGCGACAAUGGCUUUGGUCGUCAACAACUUCGUUGCGCAUUACAAUAGCUUUAGGCACAACGAAUCGUAUAAAAAUGACGACAUAAAUUGUAACCUCGUCAAGGUGGACGAGUACCCGUAUGCUGCUAGAAUACAGUCUUUGACGUCGCAGCAGUUGAUAUGUGUUGGCGCAGUAAUAAGCGAAAACUCCGUUCUAGCAAAUGAAGUUUGUCUAAAAUCUGGAACUGUGCGGUUAUUUGUUGGAAGUAUAACAGAUCAAUAUUGCAAAAAAGGAUUCUCGUUAGACGCUGCAGAACUAAUACCACACGAUGGCGUCGUAUCGAAAAACUUGGUGCUUUUAUCUACAAACAAGAAAAUGUCUCUUUGUGGGAAUCCUAUACGUAUUGCUGGCAAUAUGGAGAAGGACUCGCACGCUUUCGUCAUUGGCAGACCGCUCCGGGGAGAUAGAUCCCUUUCCCGACAGCUCGUCUCUCUAGAUGUUCCCGACAACUACACGCACAAUGGACAGUUGAUUGAUAAUUCUCGGCGUAAUAACGUGAUAUGUGUCAAGUACCUCUCCCGAUGCCCGGUGAGGGCUGGGGAUCUAUUGGUGCAAGGUGGACGUUUAUAUGGUAUAGCGUCAACCAGUAUACAACGCAGUGCAAACAAUGAGGUGGUCUGUUUCGCUAACGUCAGUAUAAUUAAAACAAAACUGAAAGAGUUGGAUGACAGCUUAAAUUUAAAUUUAUGA